AUGGAUCCUUUAUUACCAUCUACUGACCUUGGUAUCAAACAUGAACAUGAAGAAUCUUUAACUAAACAAGAUUUGCAACGACUUGAAAAAGUUAUCGAUUUGGUUUUUCCAACUAAAUCUGCGGCUGCAAGAGAAGUUGCUACAAAGCUUUUAAAUUCUACUAUUCAAAAUCAGUCGUUAUCCGUAACAAAAGAUGAUAACAUUACUUCUGUUGUUCUCGAACUUCCAAUCCUUCCUGAUCAAACUACUGAGUCUGAACAAAUUUUAUCUCCUUUAGCAAAUCUGUUAAACCAUACUUUUCCUAAUUCUUUAGUUGAAUUAGUUAAUAAACUUAACAAAAUGUCGAUAAAUCCUGCAAAUUUGGACUUUUUAAGUCCAAAUGCUAAUUCUCCUUUUAAUCCUACAAAUAACUCUUCUUCCACUGACCCUUCUGCUAAACCUCCAG